AUGGACCGAGGAGCAUACAACAAGGGAUCCAACUCAGUUAACGUAAUGCUAAACCUGAUGCCGCCUGGUUACAACAAGUCUGGUUUGGACCUACCGGGAAUAGAAGUAUAUUCUCAACCACUGUGGUGGGUAUUGCAAUCUGCCGAUCCGACCUGGCAAUCCAACGAAAACAAAACUGUGAACGAUCACUUCAACUUCACAACAACGAAGUCUACGGACUCUUUCUCACUUGCCGGCAUUCUAGAUGCCAAUCAAGGUUCACAAGGCUUCUCGCCUAUCUCGAUGCCGACAUGUUACUCUAGCUACUACUAUGGCAACUAUACACUAGCCAUCUCCGACCAGCCAGCAAACGAAUGGUGGAGCACGCAGGGCUGGACAGACUUCAAACUACCUUCGAUGAAUGCGACAUUCAACGAGAAGACCGCCGAUUUCAUCCUGGAGGGCAAAUUCGUGGCAUAUCCUUAUCUGAGAGCGAAUGAUACGGGUUAUAUUGGCACUGCGGAUGGUGGUGAGAUAAGUAUUGGAGAUUCGGUCCAGGGUACUAUUCGGUUGACCUUCAAGGGUGAGUUGGAUACUUAUCAUUCGGAUGUGUUGGAUAUGAAUACGACGACGCCGACGUGGCUGCGGACUGUUGGGUUUGGAAAUAAUUCUAUGAAUGCUGGAUAUGCCUCUGGGGGGUACGGUCGUCCAGGAGUAGGAGCCGGUGUUAUCGUGGUUCUUCUUUCUGUCUUUGCGGUGUUAGUCUAG